AUGGAUCCUCGCUCCAAGUUUGUCACACCGCAACCUGCGGCUCCUUCCCACGCCGACCUGUCUAUCCGCCGCACAGGCACUGCUCCUGCCGCCCUGCACACCGACAUUGCGCUCUCCAGAGACGGUCCCUCCUCCGCCACCUCUCCCAUUAAGUCGCCUUGGAGACGUUUUUUCAACAAGACACUCAUUUCCCGCUCGCUAGAGAGCCGCGAUCGCUCAACCAACUAUGACGACCAUCGCAGCCUCACCUCCGUGUCCUCCAACCACGAUGUCCGGCCUCAAUCGCCGUCCGAAGAAUCUCACACCCGUGACAUUUCUCCGGCAUCGCUACGUCGGCUCCUUGUCGAGGAACCAGACACGUCCACGCGGCCAGUUACUCGAGGCAGUCUUGGCCCGCCAUCUCGCCCUCGCACACCAACUCUUGACGUAUUGGACCAGCUUGAUGAGGAAGACGACGACAACUUUGUAGGGGCUGCAGAUGGAUUCUCUUUAUACGCCGCAGAGGAGCCGCUCUUCACCACACGGCUCUCACCACCACCUUUCAGGAGAGACAGGUUGCUUACAAUGGGAAGGAGCUCUCCUGCGCAAACCGUGGUGCCAUCGUCUCUGAGCCGGCAGUCCUCUCUACAAAGUGGUGAAUGCACGUUGGCAGGCUUGAUGAUAUCACCGACGCCACAACACGCACCGCAGCUCUCUAUUCUAGAGAGCUUGGGUCUCUCCGUGCAGGACAGUUCUGCGUCCUCGGCAUGUCCAUCAUCCACGCUGUCGAGUGCCAUGAACUCGCCCGCCUCUCCCACGACGGCCGGGUUUCCUUCGUUGUGCGACAUUCCCACGGCGGGUGACCUUUUAUCAUUUUAUGACGAAUCGCAUGAAGGCGACGACGAUAUUGACCAGCACCUCCCCUUGCCGGGCCACCAGGAUGGGCCUGCCGCCCCUGGGGCGGCAGCACGCAUCAGCAGCCACGUCAAGGCGCCGUCGACGGCGUCAUUUUCACGGUAUCACCUACCGCCGCUCGCCUUCUCGACGGACAAGCCUCCCGCGGCCGACGACGCCGACACGCUGUCCCCGAGCCCGCGCUUCGCAACGCUGCACUCGCCGCUGCUGCUGCCGCGGCCGGGCGAGUCGGGCGAGAGCUCCAACCUACUGGGGCCCAACUUUCUGGGCUCCAGCCUGGUAGGGCUCGACGACUUUGGUCAUGAGCUCAGCUGGAUCGCCGAUUCGAUCACCGGCCGCCGCCAGAGCUGA